AUGAGUCACAUGACCAGUAAGCUCAGGAAGGAAGAGAUCCUCCAGGAGGUCACCCUGGAGGUCAAUGUCAUUGGCCAUGAGCGAAGGACCUCUAAGGACAUCGCCAAAAAAAUAAAUGACCUGCGUCGUCAGGUCAGAGAUAAGCUGGCCAGGGUGAAGAGGCACGCCAGGGGCACGGGAGGCGGACCAGCCAGUACUGUCAGGCUGACUACCGAUGAGGAGGUGAUCGCCAGAUGUCUGGAGAGGGAUCAGAUGGUAGCAGGGGGUCCCUCUCCAUCUGGGGACCAGGGAUCUGGGGAUGUUCAGGCCACCCUGGACCGGCACUCCGUGGCUAUGGGGGAGCUGCAGUCCACAGCCACAGGGAUCCUUGCGGAGGUGAAGAACCUGGGGGAGGUUGUACAGGCCAAUACUUCCGCCAUCCAGAUGGAGGGUCGCCUGACCAGGCGCCAACAGCGCCAGACCAGCGGCAGGCAGCUGCGUAUACCUGUGCAAGCACACAGCAAGGGGAUUCCCUCAAUAAGGUACCUCCCAUCACAUGGGUUUUCCAGCGAAAAGGCUAAGAAUGGCGUCUCUAACCUGCUGCCUUUGGCGCCACUCUUUGGCAGUUUCCAGGGGGAUGCCUUCUCUGGCAUGGAUUGGAUGGUGGCAAAAAUGGACCUGAAGGAGUUUGAUUUUGAUUCACUGCUUGGAAUGGAAGAUCUGGAAUCCACUGUCUCGCCAGAUGAGCUUAUGGCCACGUUGGAUGACUCUUGUGAUCUCCUAGAGGACCCACAUAUCCCCUCAUUGUUUGACAAGUAUAUGCCAUCAUUUGCCCCUAUCUCUAUUCCAAAAGGUCCAUUGGAGGCAGAUCAAGUGGCUCCAAUGCGUCCCACUUUAGCAGAGUUCAAUAUCUCUAUCCCUGACCAUUCCUUUAUCUUGUAUGUCGAAAGUGAGGUAGACGUUGCUGAGGAAGAUAAGAAAUCGGCAAUUUACACUCUUGAAACUCAAAAAUAUAAGAAGGAAGACUCCUCAGAUGACAGCAGUAUUGAUGUGAAUCUGCUUCUGAAGUCUGAAAAGGAGGAUUCCUCAGAUGACAGUGGGGUUUAUAUGAGCCCGUCAUAUCUGGGAUCUCCUCAGCAAAGUCCUGCAUCUACUGUAGAGUACCCUAGUAGUGUUCAGUCCUCUCCCUCUUCCCCCAUUUCCGAGAGACCCAAACCUUAUGACCUUCCCUGUAAUGAUAAAGACAUCUCCGCAAAGGUAAAAACUGUAGGGCAUCCCAGAGUAGACAAGAAGACAAAGAAAAUGGAGCAGAACAAAACCGCAGCCAAUCGCUACCGGCAGAAGAAGAAAGCAGAACAAGAGUUAAUAUCUGCAGAGUGUCGAGAACUGGAACAGAAAAAUGAUUCCCUCAAUGAAAAAGCGGACUCUAUAGCAAAAGAGAUCCAGUAUUUAAAAGAUCUAAUGGAGGAAGUUCGUAAGGCCAAAAGAAAACAAGCAAAAAGUUCUUGAGACUGGAAAGUUGGAGCGUUGUGUAUGUUGUACAUAUAGGUUAGUU